AUGUGGACGGGGGCGCUUAGGGCGUACAAGGACCUGCGUACCAUGCGGCGUUGGAACGGCGCGCCUGGUAGUGUGACGUAUGGUGGCAUUGCGAAGACGGAGCAGCCGCGCGAGGAGGGCGAUGCGGGUGGUGUAUCGACGCCUCUCGUAGCUACUGCACAUAUGCGGUUUGCGUGUGAGGGAGAAGCGAUGAAGCGGCCACGGGAGAGUGCGAACGAAGGCCAUGUCGACUCUCAGGGUAGUUCUUGUACGCCGCUGCUGGUGAGGUCUGCGAGUAGCGCAGUGGUGACGGAAGAACGAUGUGUGGGAAUAGAAAAAGUCGAGGAUGGGGACGCCGCCCACGCCUCUGUGGGAACGGAGCCGCACUCAAACGAGGUUGCCACGUGCGAGGUGAUAGUGUUGGAUGACAACAGCCCAAGCGAUGGAGGAGACAGUGCGCUGUUAUCUAACACAGCCACGCCAGCAUCACAUUCGACGAGGCCAGAAUCCCUACUAAGCUCUGGGACCUCUCCACUUGUUUCCCCAACACCGAGUGAACCUUCACCAACGUCUAUGAACUUGUCUACGGAGCAGCAGCGCGUCUUUGAUCUUGUGGUAAAAUAUGGACGAUCAGUAUUCCUUACUGGAGGUGCUGGUACGGGUAAGUCUCAUCUUCUUCGGGCCAUCAUUGAAACAUUGCCCCGUGCUUCUACCUUUGUGACCGCCACCACUGGAAUCGCGGCACUGAACCUUGGGGGAUCUACGCUUCACAGCUUUGCUGGUUGCGGCAUUGUGGACGCGCAGACGCACGUUGCCGAGGACGUGUGUCGCACGGUGCGUGGUAAAGCGAAGGCAAAACGAAAUUGGCGAUUUUGCAAGGUGCUUGUAGUGGACGAGGUUUCCAUGAUGGACGCCUGGUUCUUUGACGUUCUCGAGUACGUGGCAAGAAAGAUUCGAGGUAGCAAUUCGCCGUUUGGUGGGAUUCAACUUGUUUUGGCCGGUGAUUUUCUCCAGCUCCCACCUGUGGUGAAGCAACGGGGGCAGGAUCCCCGCUUUUGCUUUGAGUCCGAGACAUGGUGUCGGGUAAACCCACGUGUUUGUAUCCUCUCGCAGCGGUUUCGUCAAAGUGAUGAAAUGUUCUUUGGCAUGUUAAACGAAAUUCGCUGUGGGGUGCUCACGGCGCCAUCUCUCGCGUUGCUGGCCUCCCUCUCCUCGACCACGACUGUGCGGUUUGUGCAGGAGCAAGCGAAGACGGUGAAGACGGAGAACGGUGACGCAGGCGCGUUGGAGACGCCGUCACAGCUGUUGCCUACCGGCGAUGUGGUGGAUAGCCGUGGCCGCACACGAGAGGAGCGCCACGACGGCUUUAGUAUUCUUCGUGCCCGCCGUGUAGAGGUCGACGAUGUGAACUUUAAACGUUUCAACGAAUUAACGACUGAAAUUUUUUCCUACCGCGGAUUUCACUGGGGCGAAGGAAAAUAUCCUUCGGACCUGCCGGCUGUGGUUUCUGUGAGGGUUGGCUGUCGCGUGAUGCUGCUUAAAAACCUUGAUGUUUCUGUGGGACUUGUGAAUGGCAGUGUCGGCACCGUUGAGAAUUUCAUCGACGCCCGCAAGGUGAGGGACUUUGCAAACAAAACAACACCCGCCGAUCUCCGUAAUAUGGCACCGCACACAUUUCUGCCUGUGGUGAGGUUUGAAACGGGGAAAGGGAACAACACCAAGGAAAGCACCUGCGGACGUCUUGUGAUGGUGGAGCCCCAUCGCUGGACUGUGCUUCAGGGUGACAGGGAGGUGAGCUACAGUGCACAAGUUCCUCUGCAACUUGCGUAUGCGAUUACGAUACACAAAUCACAAGGAAUGUCCCUUGCACGCGUAAAUGUGGACUUUAAAGGUAUCUUUGAGGAGGGACAAGCGUAUGUGGCGCUUUCCCGUUGCACAGAUAUGAAUAAUCUUAUCAUUGAGAACUUUGACGCCCACCGGGUAAACCCCAACGCAAAGGCGCUGGCCUACUACAAGGCAGUGGCAGAGGCAGCGGAGGCUGAGGAAAAGGAGGAACAGGAAAUGUUGCACGCUUGUGUUCGUUACCCAUGGGGAUACAACAACGACCACAUCGAGGAUACCGAAGACGAUGCGGGAGCUCAAAAGCAUGACAAUGCCUCCUUGUUUGCCAAUCACAACAGGCGGAGUGUGGCAGAUGUUGUGGAAGAAAUUCGUGGACGCAUCACGCCAUCGUAUCUUUUAUGGUCCUCUCUACGCCUGCGUGUUUUAUCCACCGUUGAGCUUGCCUCAUCUGUGCAUGGGGCACUACUUGUCAUGGACGUAACCUCCUUACUUGCCCUAGGGAGCUCUCCUGACUCUGCGGCACUUUACGCAAAGGUGUUUGUUAGCAACCAAAACAUGAUGCGGGUGCCGCGUUUGGUGAAGGAGGAACUGCUGCACACCGCCUCCGUCGAUGAAGUUGAGGUGCGUGUGACACCGACAGUGUGUCUAAGCUUCAACAGUCUACGCUCGAGUUCACCUCGAGUUUGUGGUCUUCAUGAGGCAGCAGAGUUGGCCGCAGGGACGCUCUGCAUCAUGGAAGAUGCCAAAAGUGAUUUUGUGCUGGACGAACAACGUGAUGGAGAAUCGAGACCGCUGCCGCCUCCGAUGCCAGGAUGGGAGGAAAGUUUCUCUCUACAUGAUUGGAGUGUUGGUGGGCGGAAGGACACGUGCGCGGGCACUUCCUGCCCUCAACAGCAGCAACAGGUUCAAUUACUGGAGUUUGCAUGCUAUCUCGUGGAGCAGUAUAGUUCCCACCAAGCUGUGUUGGUGUGCACGGAGUCUAUUGAGUUGGCAGCGCGUGCGCUUGCGGCUGGGUUGCGCGUGUGCUCUAUGAUGUACCUGUGCCCAAGAGGUCGGGCAUGA